AUUUUUUUCAGGGAAAAUGACGUCAUGGUUAAGCGUUCGUAAUGAUGAAUCUUUAUCAACUUUUAAAAAUACCGUAUGAAACAAGUGGUAUAUUUUACAUGCACAACUGAGAAAAAGGUGUAAAAAGUUUAGACGUUUCCGCUGAUUCUGAAGGCAAUUCAUUUCUAGAACAAGUAUGAAGUGCUCUGUUUAUGUUGUCAAAAAAUGUGCGACAUGCACUUCUUGACACGGAAAUUAGUUUUUAGCUGAAGAAUUCCUAAAAUUUUUAUAUUUUCCUAAAAUCCUCUUAAAAGUUAGAUCAGGUUCAAUUUUAGAUUUAAGAUGAAUGGUAUUAUGGCGUAUAUUACUAGAAAAGUUGUAGAAUAUGCAGGACUAUCACAGGGCUUAUUUUUUAAUCUGUAUUCUCAUAGAUGUGGUAAAACAACAUUAUGCGUGUUUAGCAUAUCUUUCAUAUUAGCGUUUACAGCUUUAUUCAUCAUAGUAAGCCUCUCCUAUUGGCAUCCAACAUUUUACAAAUACUACGAACAUAAAGAUCAGCAGGAUAAAUUCUCUUACAAGCAUAAAUUAUUGGAAGAAGAUGACGAUUCAUAUGUUUAUACCUCUAAUCUAGAAUUGAGAUUAUAUGAAAAUCAAUAUCCUGUAGAUUCUAGUGAUCCAGCACCAUACAAUGGAAAUAAUAUUUUUUCUUCUUCUCGAAAAAGAGAUGAUUCAACUUUAUUUCUUCCCGAUGAAUCUGACAUAGCCGUUACCGAAGAUUUAAUUCAAAUCAACAAAGUUCCCGUUAUACGACGUAGUCAAAGAAAUCAAGCAAAAGGAACUGAGAAUGAAGCUUUGUCUGCUGUUCAAAUGGCUUUGAAAAUGAAGCAAUCUAAUAAAUUUGAGAAAGCACAAAAAUUGUUCCAUCAUGCUUUAGCUUUACAACCUCUUCAUCCGGAUGUACUCAACCAUUAUGGAGAAUUUGUUGAAGAAAGAGAAAAAGAUUUUAUUAAAGCUGACCAGAUGUUUUUCAGAGCCCUAACAGUGAGUCCUGAACAUUCUCGUGCACUCGUGAAUAGAAAGCGAACUUCACCAUUAGUUAACGAAUUAGAUGAGAAAGAACUUAAAAGAAUAGACAAAAAACAUAUUGAGUUAAUCAAACUGAACCACAACAAUCCAUCUUUAAAUCGACUUAAAAAGGAGCUCUAUUUCCAGCAUAUUUAUCACACUGUUGCAAUUGAAGGAAAUACAAUGUCCUUAGAAGAUACAAGAAUGGUUAUUGAAACAGGUCUGCCGGUUAAUGGUAAAAGUCUAACUGAACACAUGGAAGUUGUUGGUGUUGAAUCAGCUCUACGAUAUAUUGAUAAACAAUUAGUCACUAAAGAUGUAAUUACUGUUUUUGACAUAUUAGAAGUUCAUAAAUUGGUUUUAGGUCAUGUCAAGCCUUUAAUUGGUGGUUCGUUUCGUCAAUCUCAAGUAUUUGUUGCUGAGCAUACACCUCCUCGUGCAUCAGAGCUUGCAUAUUUAAUGCAAGAGUUUGUAGAAUGGCUUCAAUCUUAUGAGUUCUUGCAAUUACAUCCAGUUAAACAAGCUGCUUUAGCUCAUUAUAAAUUGGUAUACAUUCAUCCUUUCGUAGAUGGAAAUGGACGUACAGCACGUUUGAUUAUGAACAUGAUUCUAAUGAGAUAUGGCUAUCCUCCUGUUAUUAUCAGGAACAAUGAGCGGAAUUAUUACUUUCGCACUUUACAACUGGCUAAUGAAGGUGAUGUUAGACCUUUUGUUCGCUUUAUUGCACAUUGUACCGAGUGUACCUUAAAUGUUUACUUACAUGCAAACGAUUACAGUUCUAAGUGUUUGAUGGCUCUGGAGCCAAUAAGUUUCGAUAAUAAUGACAUCAUAGUAUUAUGAUAAGUUAAUUAUAUUUUAAUGAAAUAAUUUAAAUUAAGUUUUUGCAAUAUGUAGAGGUAUAGCUAGUCACUUUUUCAUGUGUAUUUUUUAAAAAUCAUUCUGAUCUUUUAUUUUUAGUACCAUUGAUAAAAUUUUAAAUUGAAACCUUGAGUGAACUGUACAAUAAUUCUUUGCGUAUAAUUUAAUUUAAAAACAAGUAUUUCUUAUUUGCUGAACACUAAUAAAUGCCUUUGUUGUUCUUUCUUUGUAUUGCUCAUUAAUGCAUUUUUCCCUUGCCUACUUCAAUAUUUAUGAAAUGGAAUGAGCAAUUAUUGUUGUUGUAAAUAGGUAAACUAAUUUUACUUCUAUCAGUUUAUUUAUGUCUCCUGGUAGAGUUAGCAUAACAAAUGGCUUUUAUAUUUUAUUGCAUUAGUUUGCAAUUUUCGUAUACUUAAUUCUAUUAUAUAACGUUUAAUUUUCUCAUUAUAAGCGUAUUUUGAAAAUCAAUUUUUAUUGUACUAAUAUUAUAACUGCUAAGUUCUUUUGUUAUUCAUACAUUCUUGUCUCAUAAAUUUGUACCAUCACUUAAGAUUUAUUGAAAUGUAAAGAAGGUUAAAAUUAUUUAAGGUGUUAAGAUCGUAGUUGUCUUGGAAUUUCAUACUAAAGUAUGAAAUUCCAAGAAGGGGAAUAAUACCAAAUUCUAAAUAACUUGCUGAAAGAAUUUAUUUCAUUUUAAUAUUUUUAGCUAUCAACUUACAUUAUACUAGAGUAAAUUUCGCCAUCGAAGAGGUUCUUGAGAGACCUCUCCUUUUCCUCGAUUUUUUGAAGAUUCGCGGCUUCAUAGAUCUGGUAUAGCUCCGCUAUCCCAACUGGGAUUAGAAACAACAACAUACUAGAGUAAAAAGUAUAAGUUGCAAUUUUUCUCUCCUCAGCAUGCUGUGAAAUUUUGUACCCUUAGAAGUUAACAGAUGAGUGAGCAAGAAACAGUUGACAUAAUUUUUAACAUAAAACAGUUGUUUGUUCAUGAACAUUCAAUUUAUGCAUAACCUUAUAAUACCAAAGUUGCAUGUAACAUUUUUUAUUUAAAAUAUGAUUAUCUUCUGUUUUGAACUAAAUUAGUUUUCUUUGGAAUUUUAACAGUUAUUCAUCUAAAUUUUAAUAUUUAACUCGGAUAAAAAGUUUCUCCCUUUAAGCAUUAGUCUUUUUGAAAGCUUGAAUAUUGUUUAGGGUAGAUGUUGUUCAACUGAAAUCAAACUUAUUUUGGAAAAGGAUCAUACAGAUCAUAUCAACUCUAUUUCAAAUUAUGUAAGUUGACCGAACACUGACCUUUAUAUAACUGAAUUUGAUGGCAUUAUUAAUCUGAGCAGCAAAUGUUUGUAGUUAUUUGCUUAGAUGUAAGUAGGCUUUAGUAAGUAAAAAAUAAAACAAAAGCCAGUCUCGAAACAUUCUUUGCUUUAAGUACUGUGCUAAAAUAUAUUAAGCUGUUGAAAAAUUAAGUCAUGAUUCCUUGAUUUAAAUUAUUAUUAUUUACAUACUUUAAAACAAGAUUAUUUGAACCUAAUCAAUUUUGUUUGUUUUGAAAAUUUCACCCAUUUAAAAUUACAAUUGAAAUGUUUUUGAAUAUUUUUUUUUUGCUUUUUUAAUUGCGAAGUAAUAAGCUAGUUAAAAAUGUACUCUGUUGUUUACAAUAGCAAUUUUAUUUAAAAUGGACUAUGCUUAAAGUUAUUUUAUUUAAAAACUGCUGUUCAUAAGUUUUCAGCAUUUGUCAAAUUGCAUACAACAUCUAUGUUGAAACUUAAAAAAAGUGAAUAUACUUUUCACAAAUUUCUUGUUUGAGUAUUUUUUAAAUUUUAUAUGCUUUUAGGUAGAUUGUGUUAUUUUGAAACUGUGUAUUUCUGACCUGUGAUAAUUUAUUUACAUGUUAUGCUUCUUGUAUAUUCUAUUUAUUUAUUUGUAAAGAUAAGUUUUAAGAUGUAUAUAAUUACUUGCUUUUAAAUUACUGCUUCAGCUAAAUCUUAUAUUCUUUAGAUACCAAAGUGUGUUAUUUAUGUAUGUCAUUUAAUUUCUCUGAAGUUAUCAUGAAAACUAUAAGAAAGAUGACUUAUAUUUAAAAAAAUAUCUAUUGUUGGAAACUAAUUAUGGAAACACUGCUAUAUAACUUUUAUGACUAUUUUUCUUGCUCUGGUAAAUAUCAUUUAUAUUUUAAAAAUGCCCAUAACUUAUUUAUUGAAACCAAGAUCUGAGAAAUAAAGAUAAUGUUUAUCUUUUA